AUGAAAACUAGACGUCAUACAACUGAUUCUCUUAUAUCUUCAUCACCUGAUGAAAGCAUUGAUAUAUUGCCAUCAACUUCAACUGAUGAACAAUCGACUAAAACAUCAUCAAAUCAACACGUUAUUCAAAGCGUUUCAAAAUCUAGUGUUUGGCAAUAUUUCGAAAGAUGUACUUUAAACGGAAUUUUAAAAGCCAAAUGUUUACUAUGUCAACAUAUAUUAUCAACACCGAACUAUGGAACAUCAACUCUCAAGCGUCAUCUAGAUCAAGUACAUGAUAUAAAACAAACUGAUUCAUCUGCUGUACCAAGUUCAUCGACUAUCUCUAACAAAAUAUCAAAACCAGAAAAAAAAGCAUUGGACUUAUUAGCUGUAAAUGCAAUAAUUCAAGAUGCUAGAGGAUUUGGUGAUUUACAGAAACCUGGUAUCAAGAAAUUGAUUGAUGCUUUGAAACCGAGACAUCAUGUUGACAAAAAAUUCGAUCAACAUUCAAAAAUGUUACAAUUUAUGCAAUUUGAAGAUCGCCACUAUUCAUUAACUAUUGCAAAUGAAAUUGAAAAUCAAUUAAUUAACCUGAAUUUAUAUGAUAAACUAGUCACCAUUACAUGUGACGGUGCACCUAAUAUGCGCGAGAUGUUUAAUUAUUUUUCUCGUCGAAAUAUAAAAUAUAUUCAUUGUACUGCUCACAAAUUACACCUAAUUAUAUGCAACAGCUUGAAUCUUUGGGUUACAACAAAGAAAAAAGGAAAUACAACUGAAAAUGAAGAAGUUAUUGAAGCUAGUAUAAUUGAAGAUGAUGAAGAUGAAGAUGAAGGUAGUUUAAGUCAACUGGUGAGAACGAUGUCCUUCGAUACUGAUCCAUUAUCUUAUGGUAUGAUCAAUGAUGAUAGUGAAGGUGAUGAAACAUCAAAAGAAGAUGAUGAUGUCGAUGGUGAAUUAGAAUCGAAUGAUCAAUUAACUGAUACAUCAACAGAUGAAGAAUGGACGGAUGAAGAAGAUGAUAAUGACGAAGAGAUAGUUGAUAAUUUUGUUGAAGGAAUUAAUAUGGACGAAACAUCACUUGAUUAUAUACCACAAAUGAUCAAAGACGUGAUUGAUAAAACACGUGAAAUAAUUAACACCAUUAAAGGAUCAUCAAUAUUAACAAGUUUUAUUGAAAAAAAAAGAUUACAUUUUAAUGCACGUGCUAAGAAACAGAAAAAAAUCAAACGACGUUUGAUCAUUGAUGUAAAAACACGAUGGAACAGCACCUAUAGGAUGCUGCAUACAAUUAAUCUCUAUCGUAACUUUAUUAACGAUCUUUUCAAAUCAAAAGGAACUCUUGGUCUUUCAGUGAAAUUACGAAGAAAAUUAACACGUGUUGAAUUAUCGACUGAUGAAUGGGAUAGUUUAAAUUUGAUUAUUAGCUUAUUAUAUCCUUUUUAUUCAGCUACAAAAGUUUUAAGUAAUGCAAAAUAUCCAACUGUUGGAUCUGCAUUGUAUCUUUUGAAAGGUCUUGAAGAACAUCUUACAAAAGAAGAUAAUAAUGAAUUGUUAAAUAAUUUUAAAAAAAUUAUAUUGAAUAAAUUUCGACAGUAUAUUAUUGAUGAUGUAGAACAAUUCAAUACUUUAAAAGUAAGUGGUAUGCACUAUUUUAAUUUCUUACGUGAAUUAGCUGUAUUUUUUUUUCAGUUGUACUCAUACUUUGAUCCAACAGGUUUUUCGGCUCUAACAAGAGGCGAACAAACAACAGUUGAAAAAGAAAUAACAAAAUUACACAAAAAUGUAUUCUCAUCAUCAGAAAAUUCUUCGUCAUCAUCAAAUCAACAAAUGAAAAAAAUGAAUAACAUCGAUAAAGCUUGGCAUGGCUUUCUUCGAGCUACCAAUAAAGAUCUAAUUCAAGAACCAACAACAACAACAUCUACAAUCCAAUCAGAUAUAAGAAAAUAUCGAAAUUUGGCAACUAAAUUGUACGUAUGA